AAUGCUUGUUUUACGCGGGUGAAUUAAAUUUCUGUGUUAUGAUGACAGUGUGUAUAUAUUUUAGUAGUGAUGUGGUCCACAUUCUUUAUGUUUACUAUGUUCGUAUAUCUCCGUUCGUUUUCAUGUGCUGAAACACCAAAACCAAAACACAAAUUGAUAUCGGCACCUAUAGGUGACCGUGUUGUUUUGUCAUGUGGAAUCGGGGACAGUAAAUACCGUGUUUAUGAGUGGCUCGACAAUGAAAAACCUAUGGAAUUCGCUACACAUAAUGUUACUAUGCACUCUAACGGAAGUAUAGACUUUCGAAUUCGAAUGGAAAAUGCAGAUAGAAUAUUUAGCUGUCUUUCGUACAAUUCCUAUCCGAACGGCACUCAAGACUCAUUACUUAUUUUUGUGUACAAUUUCGUACCAAUAGUUAAAGCAUUUCUUGCGGAGACAGUACAUAAUACUACUGUAGACUGGGGGUCUAUCUACAGAUUCCCAUGCAUUUUUGGAGGGACUGAUCCGAGAGAUGAUACAAUGAUACUCAACAAUCAGAUUGUUGUUGAAAUGGAGCAUAACAUUACUGAAGAUUCAAUUGUGGAGUGUAAAGUUCAGAAUUCCUUGGGUAUGGUGCAUGAUUUGGCCUACAUUACAGUUCGUCCUGAUUCUAAAGCUUGGAGACUUAAAUAUGGAAUUUCAGAUCGAAAUUCUUAUUGUCAGUUAUAUUCUACAAUUCUACCGAAAUCUUCCGCAUGUUAUCCAUUUAUAGAAAAUAUUGCUCAUGAAUAUAAAGAACCUUAUUUAAUUUCUCAAUCUCGUUUAUAUUCUAAUGAAAUCAGUAACCAAGCUGUUAAAAAUCUGUUUACCAGCUGGGAUGAUUUACUAUCGUCUUCAAUGUAUUUAUCUCAAUCUAAUAAUUAUCUCAGUGAUUCUUUUAAAAGUUCAAAUACAUCUUUUAUAAAAUCAAAUCAUGUAGUAGAUACCAUAAGUUUAUCUAAUAGUAGUACCGCUGCAUGGAGAUGUAUUAAUUUGGCUAAGCAUUUAACUUGUGCUACAUCUUAUCCUCGAUGUGAAAUUACUAACGCUGAUAGAAAAUCAACAUCUUUAUUUACCAAUUCAUAUAUUGAAUAUCCUGUUUGUUUGAAACAUUGUCUCGCUGUUACAGGCCUAUUUUGCUUUUCCUCGUUAAAAAUCUUGAAUAAUUCAGCUUUGGAUAGUCUUCUUGACAUUCCUCAGAAUGAAUCCUUGAUGAAUUCUGAUUUUGUAAAAACGGGUUGGUCAGAACUGAUCAACGUACCAGAAGCCAAAAGUCAAAGUCUUCCACUGAGUUUCUCCGAUCCACUAGGCAAUGGAAAAUCAAAUCCCUUUCACAUUUGUUCAUCUAUUAAAAGUGAUAUUAGAUAUUCUGAACAGUCUAAAAAGUCUGUUUGCACUCGUUUACCUAUUGAUAACGAAAAUCCAACAAAUUUCAUUGAAGAAAGCAAGAAAACUCCUGAUGAAAAAAAUGUUGAUUGCAUCAACGGCAAAGGGGAAAAUUACAGAGGUUUAGCUACUAUGCCAGAAUGUAAACCAUGGACUAAUGUGUUGGUUCUCGAUGAUAAUAUUCAGAAUCUACAACCUGGUAUUUGGCCUGGCUUUUACAGUUUAAACAGUUUCACUUUUCCUAGAAGUUUAGGUCUUGAAGCCAGUUCGUCGGCCGUGUGUCGCAAUCCGUCUGGUUUGGCAUCAAGACCAUUCUGUUUAAGUCGAAAAGAAAAUAGAGAAACUUUUCCAGAUAUAUCUAUUAAGUCAAAGCCUAAUCAUUUGGAAAAAUGGUAUUUAACUUCUUGUUAUCAAAUUCCUCAGUGUUCAGAGACGAGCAACAACAGUGAUUAUCAUCACAAUUGGACUCUUGGUGGUGAAUCGGUUAGAGGUCUAGAAAUAACAGAGGCUCAGCUACAGACAAUUAUCGCUUGUUCAGUUGUUGGACUGAUUCUUUGUUUAUUAAUUAUCGGUUGCAUAAUUUGGCUCAUAAAUCGUUGUUCAAGAAAAAAUAUUGAAAAUUCGGAUAUACACUUUUCUCAAUUAGAUUUUAACAAGCCUCAAAUUACAGGAGAUGUAAAUAGUGUUAACGAAGAAAUUGAUGAUAGUAGACAAUUUUCUGAGCAUCUUUAUGAUUCUACAGAAAUCAACAAAGAAAAAUAUUUGGAGCGACGUAGAAAAUUAUUAACUCGUCGACGUAGACUUAGACAACUUAAUCCAUGUUUGCAAUGUAUUUUUGGAACAUAUUAUCAUAUUGUUGACUUCACACAUUCAUCUCAUACAACUAAUCAAUCUCAUUCAGUUUUUGCUGUUACACAAUAUACUGAUGAUAAAAGCAUGUCCUCAAUACCUAAUCAAAAUGUUGUGACUGAUGUAUGGCGUAGUCGUUAUUUAUCAUCCUUAUGCCCAUGUUUCUAUUUAUCUAAUUUUCGCAAGAAAUCCAAACAUGAUUCUCUCAAAAUGAUCAAAUCUGUAUAUAGUUGUUCUGUAGCUAAAAAUGAAUUGAUUGAUGAGGAAUUUGAGGCUAAUACAUUGGGAAUGCGAAUGAAUAAGUCAAUAGUUUAUGUAACCAAUGUGCCUACAAUUAUCUCGCCUCCUAAAACAAUCGACUCUUUACCAAAUAUCUGUGUGAGCUGUGGAGUUGCUAGCAAUCUUUUAUCCGAUACAUGUUCAUCUUGUCGUUAUACUCAAAAUAAACAAACUGGUAUUUCAUCUGCAGUAACUACAAAUCAUCCUGUCAGUGGUGACUCUUGCUCAAAUAAUCACGUGUUGAUUGAUGAUCAUGAGAUUGAUUCAGAGUUUUCUCCAACUACUCUUGGCUUGAUUGAGUCAUCCUAUUAUUCACUCUCAUCUGGGUCUGCUGAAUUAGGUUCUGCUAUAUUACCGGAAAAGUUAUUUAAUGUGGCCUCGAUGAAUCACUUGCUACAUCCAAAAUUUAAAUCACUGUGCUAUCCUCGCAAUCGUCUGGUUGAAAUAUGUUGUUUAGCUAAACGUGCAUUUGGUUGGAUCAUCUUAGUACAUGCUCCAAAUUUGAAUAAACUAGUCCAUAGAAGACGUUUGUUAAGUUUAACAACUUCAGAAAGACUGGGUCUUGUCUCUUCUAGUUCACAAGAAAAAGAAAAUAUUAUUGACGUCCAAUCAUCUUCCGACGAGUCAAGUGAUUGUAUUGCUGUACUGAAAAUGAUUCAAGGAGGUGCUAAUCUGAAAGCUGAAGCCAACUUCCUUCGUGAAGCUGAAAUAUUGGUUGAAUUACAGCAUAGAAAUAUUAUUCAAUUGUUAGGCGUUUGUAUUCCACUGGAACCACUUUCACUCCUUAUUGAAUACAUGCCUUUUGGUGAUUUCUAUUCAUUUUUACGCCGCUACGACAGUGAAUCACCAGGAUACAGCACAGCCAACGGGGAAAUAGUAAACGCAUAUAGUCAAACCUUGUCACAGACUACGGCAGUUUCUAAAAAGGAUUUCACUGAUCAAUGUCCUACCAAAUUGAAUGUAAAAAUGCUUACUGAAAUGGUCAUUGAUGCUUGUGAAGCUAUGGUUUAUUUAAGUGAAAUGCAUUAUGUACAUAGGUGAGUCUGUUCUCAUGUUAUGAUAAUUAGAAUUCAGUUAAGCAUUAAAUUUCUUGUUAAGAGUUUAUCGAUUAUAAUUUGAAAGUUUCGGUAAUUAGACUACGAAACUAUUAUCAAAUUAGAUCUGAGGGAGUAAUUAAUCUGCCAUUCUUUUAUUGUUUUCUAUGUAAUAGUGGCAGUAAAACACAAGGAUAGUUUCUUUUCUAUGUGUAAUUAAAAAAAUUGAUAUGAAAAGCAGAAAAGUUGACAAACGAUAAGUUUGUCUGAAGCAAAUUUUUUAAAGAUUAAGAAAUUAUCCAGUGUUUUUAUUAUUAUAAACUUAUUGUAUGGCCCGUCUAAAUAAUUUCUCCUUUGAAAUGAAAAAGAAAUUAGACGCCUAUGUAAAGCGUAUCGGAAUGGUACUUUAAGUUACAUGCAGGAUAUAUUUUACAUGUGAUGAAGCAAUAGCAUGUAUGAUAUUUUCUUUCAUUGUUGACUCAGGAUAGCUAAAACUCUCAAUGUAGUAAAAUAACUUUUGUUGCUAUGUGAUGAAACUUAUCUUUUAUUAAAAAAGUGGUGACAUCUUCAUUCACCCAAGCCAUCGUUAAUAAACAAACAUUCCACUCUGUUGUUUUACUAAUCAAUUAUGGUACAUGUUAUAUCGCGUUGUUAAUGUGAUGACUACUUUAAAAAAAUAAACAGAAAGUUUUACAUAAGAUUAAUCAUGAUUCUCAUAGAUUUCAUUAAAGAAAUAUUAUGCAAGGUUUGUUUUUUCUUUUAACUACCGUGUGUUCCUUUCAGUUUUUUAGUUUGAAUAUACAAAUCUUGUCAAAUCAGAUAAUAAUUAGGUUCUGUAAAACAAGUUUUGUAGAGUGAAUUUUAUCUUAGAACAGAGAUAAAAAGGUAUUUAUUACUUCUCAAAUUCCUCUGGGGUUAUUAUCAUGUAAAUGCAUAUUUUAUUUUAUAAUUUAAGAUCUUGACGAUGAAUACUGGAAGAAACAAUGUUAACAAAUACUUGUUAGUCUAUGAAAACUUUGGAGACAGUUAACUUUAUAACUUUUGAAAAGAUUGUAAUGUUAACUAUCCGGUGAUAGAGUGUCUUUUCUAAAUCUUCAUUCAUAUUGCAUUCCCAUUGAAUUCUAGUCUGUUUUGCUACCUAUCACAUGUGUGCAAUGUGAAUGAUUUUAUUAUGAGGGAUAAUAGUAGUAAACAACUGUUUUACUUCUGAUAUAUCUAUACUCUAUCAUUCACGAAUUCGCCAGAAUUGUUCUGAUGGUUUGAUAAUCUCAACGAGACCUUUAAUUCUCAGACGUAACCUUUGGUGGGAUCGUGGAUUCAUACUCCUGAAGAACCCCAUACUAUGAUGAAACAGCUUUCCAGAACGUCGUGGUUUGUAGUAAUUAUACAAAUGAGACCUGUGUGUAACGAAUACAAUCUAUAGACUACAAGUAAUUAAGUAAUGAUAUAUGAAAAAUGACCAAUUUCACAAAAAGAAAUUUGAGUUGUAAUCAGUGGAAAUAAUGUGAACUUUUGUGGAUAAUGAACUGGUCACAUUUUUUGUCGAGGUCAUUAAGAUGAUAGCUUCACUGGAAUAAAACAAUUAGUUCGUAAAAUGUUAACAAAAAAAGUGAGAAAAACAAAAUAAUAAAAUGAAUUGUUACGUAAAUAUAGCUAAAGGAAUUUGUGUAUGAUAAAGGUUAAAACCUAGACGGAUAUUUUGAAUGAAUAAAAUUACUGAUUUGUCUAGUCUAUACUUUUAAAUAAAAAGAUUCAUUUAGAUAAUUUGUAGACAACUGAUUAAAGGUAAAUGCCAUUAUAAUCGAAUAUAACUAGUUACAUAUUAAUUACAGCUUUGGUAAAGUAGUAGCAUACGACAAUAAAUAAGGGAAUAAUGACAGGUAUAAAACAGUAUGAUAUGCAAGAUUUAGGAAUGCUCCUAAAUGACUUCAUUUAUUCUGUUGAUCAUAAGCAAUGUAGAACCUGUAAAGUAUACAUGCAUUGGUUCAAGUAGCCAUUAAAAAGCAACUUAGCAGGAUAAAAUUAUCAAUAGUAAGGCUAGUAAUGGUACCAAUGGUAAUAAAAAAACAUUGGGCAUUGACAAUAUGAUUGGAAAAGGAAGAGUUCGCGGAAAUAAAGUGUAAAAAUGAUUUUUCUUAAAGUUUAAAAUCUAGAGAGAAACAAAGAGUGGAUGUAUCUACGCCAUUAAGAAAGGUUCUCAGACAUAACAUUCAGCAUUUCCAACUGCUGCUCUCGAGAACCUCAACCAGUUACACAGCACCUAAUUGUACUGCUUAGUCCAACAACCAGUAACUUCGUGAACUAGUACCACUGGUCGGCUUAUGUAUAUAUAUAUAUAUAUUAGUGCAGAGCCAUUAUGAAAAACUAGUUGAAAAGAAAUUUCUUCGCUCCAUUUGUUCCCUUUUAUUCAAAUAUGUGUUUUUAGGCAGAAUUAAAUCAUGUUUUUCUUUAAACGACCGACCAACUGGUUGUCUAAAAAACAAAUAGUUAAAGUUAUUAACAAAGAUUUUUGUUUAAUUGGAAGUAAGUAACCGUGCGAAAUUGUGGAUCCUGCCGUGUAUUUGUACAAUGUGUCUCUCUCUUGAAAGGUACUGGUGUUUCCUUCUUUUUCUACCCUAUCUCCUGGUAUUAUUUACGUUGUUUACCUGUAAGCUUAUGCUAAUUCUUUUUAUUUAUUCAUUUAUUUAUUAUUCACCUUUCCUUCUUGCACUAUUUGAAACUGUAAUGAAGUUGUAAGCGUUUCAUUAAACGGGUUUAAUAUAUCUUCUCUAAUGUCAUAAAUCUACAUAGGAAGAAAAUUAGUAGAAAAUUAAAUUUCGUUUAUCCCUAACCUCUAGAAAACAAAAAGAUACGAGUCUAUUUCUAUCAUUUGUUUUGUAUUUUUAUCAGCACUAUAAUUCAUGUUUUUAUGUUAAUUGAAUAUUUGUUAUUGUUUUCUAUCU